GGAGGCGGAGGCAGCGGCGGAGUAGAGGAAUGAUGAGGCUGAGGAUUGCGCCGCUUCCCCCUCGGGAGGCCCUGUAGCCGGAGGGGGCACGAGGCGCAGGGGUUUGGUCUCUCCGGCUGCGAGCCCCGGAAGGAGGAGGACGAAGUCCCGGGGCUUCGGGGCCGGGAGCCCGGCUGGGUUCUGACAGGCCCGCGGACGAGCUCUGAACGAUCUGGAGGGGCCAGGCCUGGCCGGGGCUCCCUAAGGGGGACCCGGAACAGCCCCAAGAGGGGCGCAGGCUUGACCAGGGACCAGAGUUUGGGUGGGGAGUUAGACCCUUAGAAAUUCAAGCCAGGAUUUGGGAAAGGAGUGGGCGGGGGAUCCCCCUAUUCCCCUCCCCCAUUCCCUGCUCUUGCCCCCAGAGGGGCAAGCGGGGAAGCUUGAGGGGAGGCGACCCCGCGGGGUCCGAGGAGGACCCCAUUUCUGAGGUUGAGGCCGAGGCUCUGAGUGGGGGUCCCCGACAGGGGGGCGUGCAGGGUUAAGCAUGGCCACCCGGCGUUUAACCGACGCUUUCUUGUUGUUGCGGAACAAUUCCAUCCAAAACCGGCAGCUGUUAGCCGAGCAACUUGCUGAUGAUCGUAUGGCACUGGUGUCAGGCAUCAGCUUAGAUCCAGAAGCAGCAAUUGGUGUGACAAAACGGUUACCUCCUAAAUGGGUUGAUGGAGUAGAUGAAAUACAGUAUGAUAUUGGCAGAAUUAAACAGAAGAUGAAAGAAUUAGCUAGUCUUCAUGAUAAACAUUUAAACAGACCUACGUUGGAUGAUAGCAGUGAAGAAGAACAUGCCAUUGAAAUAACCACACAAGAGAUCACACAGCUCUUUCAUAGGUGUCAGAGAGCAGUACAGUCUUUGCAGAGCAGAGCACGAAAAUGUACCGAACAGGAAGAACGAGUCCUUCGAAAUGUAGUAUCCUCUUUAGCUCAGUCUCUUCAGGAAUCUUCCACUAAUUUUAGACAUGCACAAUCUGACUAUCUCAAACGCAUGAAGAAUCGAGAGGAAAGAUCCCAACAUUUUUUUGACACAUCAGUACCACUUAUGGAUGAUGGAGAGGAUAACACUCUUUAUGACCGGGGUUUUACAGAUGACCAGUUAGUGUUGGUAGAACAAAAUACACUAAUGGUUGAAGAGCGGGAGCGAGAAAUUCGCCAGAUUGUACAGUCAAUUUCUGACCUAAAUGAAAUAUUUAGGGACCUAGGAGCAAUGAUUGUAGAACAAGGGACAGUUCUUGAUAGAAUUGACUAUAAUGUUGAACAAUCCUGUAUCAAAACUGAAGAUGGUUUGAAACAACUUCAAAAGGCAGAGCAGUAUCAAAAGAAGAAUCGGAAGAUGCUCGUUAUUUUAAUUUUAUUUGUAAUAGUUAUUGUCCUUAUUGUUGUACUGGUUGGUGUAAAGUCACACUAGGUAACUGUGUGUGAUUGUGUGUGUGUGUGUGAGUGAGUGUAUAUGAAUGAGUGUUCUUUUAUUUCUGAAAGCUGCCUUUGAAUGUAUAACCCUCCGUGGUACAAGUCUGUGCAAUGUUUCCCCAUAGAUUCUUUUUCAUAAAUCAUGUUUCAGUGAUAGGAAUGGUUUGGUUUUUCAACAGAGAAUUUCAAGUCAAAUGAUGAUGCUACCAAAUAGAAAUCAAAUUCUCUAUCCAGACAUUCGCAGUAUUUUUUUUUACUAGAAAAUAUGAGGAGUUGAAAGUUUACAAGCACAUGCAAAAGCUGUUAUGAUAUAUGUAUUUGCUAUUUUUAGCAGUCAAAUCUACAAGUUGGUGAUUUGGAACCAAAAAGUGUGGUUGGAGAUCAAAUGCCUUAAACAAUGGAUUCUAAGUAUUUAACAUCUUUAUUUCCCCUUUGUGGGUAUUCCAUAUUGAAAUAAAUUGAGAAGGCCUUUGAAA